AUGCAGAAGCCCCAAUGCCAAAACACAUUUGAGACAACUAUCAAGUAUUUUAGGGGUUCAUCUGCUCUUAGCCCCCGAAGCCUCAUAAACAACACAGCCAGUGGAGUGUCCCACGGAAAGGUCUCCACCUCUGUAGUGGGAAAGGUGGGGGAGGACCUUAGCACAACCGCUGUGGAAGUUUGGAAGGGUGCGCACGGAGUCUUAGCAUCAGGGACCGGCAAAGAAGCGAGACCCCAUCGCCGAACCCCACAAUCUUGGCGGGAGAAAAGGCGGCCCCAGGAGCAUCUGCUGGGAGAGAACCAAGCCCCCCCCGCCCUGGACAAGCUAAAGGGCAGGACCCAGGACCCCCACAUCUCGAGAAAGCCCAGACUGUCUGCUGUGGAAGCUGGGGUGCUGGAAGCGCGACCCCCGGAGCUCCCCAAUCAGGCUCCGCCUGGCAGAGCGCUCGAGUCCCCAGGGCCCGGCGCGAGCUCCGGGCGGCCGCCGGCCGCGAUCCCCAGGUUUGCCAGCCGACCACCCGCUCCUCCGCGCCCCCCGCCCGGCCAUAUUGUGCGGGUGGGGAGGGGGCGCACCGGAGCCCCGCGGGGCGGGAGGGGUGCGCGCCUCGGCGAACCUCGCUGGCCGCGGCGGAGCCCGGCGCCCUCCGUCGGCAGCAGACCCCAGCCCGCGUGGAAGCUGCGCGAAUUCCCAGCGUGUUCCCGCCCUCUGUCCCGGGUGCCCAGCCUCCGGCUCGGGGAUCCCCGGAGCCGCGUCCCUCUGGGCUGGGCGGCGGGGACCGCCGUGCAGGACGAUGCGCCUCCAGGUAGAACCCUCUUGGUAAACAAUGUGGCACUGUGCAUCAAACGCCUUAAAAUAGUCAUCCGGUUUAUCCGGCGUUUUCCCCUGUCUUGA